GGAAUGAUAGCUGGCCAUGCAUACUAUUUUCUUGAAGACGUGUAUCCGCAAAUGACUGGCCGUCGACCCCUAAGAACUCCGUCAUUUAUCAAAGCAUUGUUUGCCGAUGAGCCUGUUGUUGUGGCACGCCCUGGAAAUGUGAGAUUUGCACCUCCUCCCGUAGAGGUUCAACAACAAAAUUGA